AUGGCCAAUGAAAUGUCCUAUCUGUUUGAGUUCACUAUGAUUUCUAGUGAAGAAGCUAUUGAAAUUGCUAAGCUUCUUGCAUUGAAAGAAGGAUUGCUGGUGGGCUUUUCUUCUGGGGCGGCGGCUGCUGCAGCAAUAAAGAUAGCAAAGAGGCCAGAAAAUGCUGGGAAACUCGUUGUUUUUGAGAAGACUCCUGAUGAUAUCGAUAUUAUUAUUGCGACCAUGGCCCUAUUUUGA